AUGAGUGUAACUGGGGCAUCAGAGAGCCUUCUGGCUUUGAGCCAACAGGAACAACCUGUGGAUUUGCCCAGAGACUACCCCUUGAGCGCCAGUGAAGAUGAUGAGGACAGCAAUGGAGAGAGGAAGCAUCGAAAGCUUCUGGAAGCCAUCAGUUCCCUUGACGGAAAAAAUAGGUGGAAGCUGGCAGAGAGAUCAGAGGCUAAUCAGAGCGUGUCAGAGUUCAACAUCAGUUCUGAAGGCAUAAGAGAAAAGCUGGCCCUUUCGGAUCUGUUUCAGCCCAUUAAAAUGUCAUCCUCCCUGGUCACUGUGAAAAAGCAACUUAAGAGAGUCAAAGCAAAGAAGACGGUGGCAUUGCCCCUUAACAAAGAAGAGGUUGCACGGAUCCACAGAGAAAUAAGAACUCCCCUGGAGCAGGAGAUUUUGAACAUCCUCCACAAGUACAAGCAGCCAGUGACAGACCCUUUACUGACACCAGUGGAAAAGGCAUCUCUCCAAGCCAUGAGCCUGGAAGAGGCGAAGAUGCGGCGAGCAGAGCUUCAGAGGGCCCGAGCCCUGCAAUCCUAUUAUGAGGCUCAGGCUCGGAGACAGAAGAAAAUCAAAAGCAAAAAGUAUCACAGAGUUGUGAAGAAAGGAAAGGCUAAGAAAGCCCUCAAAGACUUGGAGACUCUGCGGAAGGUUAGUCCCACUGCAGCAGCAUCGGAAGAACUGGAAAAAAUGGAAAAGGCCAGAAUGAUGGAGCGAAUGUGCCUGAAGCACCAGAACAAUGGGAAAGGGACCAAGUCGAAGUCAUUUAGGGCCAAAUAUGACCUCAAGUCUCGCCAGGCCAUGCAGGAGCAAUUGGCCAAGAACAGAGAACUGACGCAGAAACUCCAGGUGGCUUCUGAGAGUGAUGACGAGGCGGGAGGUGUAGAGGAGGAUGGACUUAUGGUCCCUGAUGUGAGCGCAGUUCUAAUGGAUACAAAGGGGUCAAAUCCCUGGAUGUGCAGAAGCUGCACCUGCCAUUCAAGAGAGUCUGAAAUCCAGAAGGAUCCUGAACUACCUCCCGAACAUGUCACCCUCAAGGAUUCAGAAAGUGAAGAGGAAGAGAGUCCAGUAGCAGAAGAAAAUACCUUGUUGAAAGAAUUUGAGGAAAGACAAUCCCUUAGGAAAAGGCCUGAACCAAGCACGUAUGCUGAGCCCAUGGUCUGUCAGGAGACACAAGCUUUCAGCAGCCAGGAGGUGCUAUCUGAAUUGAAGGCACUGUCUCGGCAACUCAGCAAGGAAGACCGUCAGUCCAGGAAGCAAAAAGUGAAUUCCAUUGAGGUUGCUCUCCGGUCCCAGGAGGAGGAGAAACCUCUCUUACUGCAAAGACCAGAGAGAAUACAGACACUAGAAAAGCUGAGUAAAGAAGGCUGUUCCCCAAACAUGGAGAUUCCCAGACCUGUGUUACAAGGACAGCAGAGAGAGAGGAACCCAGAUAAUCAGCCUGAGGCCCCUAAAAAGAAAAGAAAGGAGCAAACAAUCGAUCUACAGAACCUCUUAACCACCAAAUCUCCUUUUGGGAAGUCUUUGGCAGUUCCCACAUUAGAGGAGUUGGAAGGUGAAGAAGAGAGAAACCAAAAGCAGAUGAUAAAGGAAGCGUUUGCUGGGGAUGACGUCAUCAGAGACUUCUUGAAAGAAAAGAGGGAAAGUGUGGAGGCAAGUAAGCCAAAGGGUGUGGAGCUGACACUGCCUGGCUGGGGAGAGUGGGGUGGGGGUGGCCUACAGCCUAGUGCCAAAAACCGACGCCGGUUUCUCAUGAACGCUCCUGAGGGUCCUCCAAGAGAAGACAAGCAUUUGCCAAAUGUAAUCAUCAGUGAGAAGCGCAACAUUCAUGCUGCAGCUCAUCAGGUGCACGUGCUUCCAUACCCAUUCUCCCACCAUCAGCAACUGGAAAGGACCAUCCAGGUCCCUGUAGGAUGUACGUGGAACACCCAGAGGGCCUUCCAAAAGCUGACUACUCCCAAGGUUGUCACUAAGCCAGGCCAUGUCAUUGAGCCCAUAAAAGCCGAGGAUGUAGGCUAUCUGUCUUCCCCAAGGUCAGACCUCUCUGUGAUGCAGAGGAUUCCAAAAGGACUCUCCGUCUGGCACAGAAAACAGCUGAAGGACAACUCGGCAGGUUGA